AUGCAUCGCUUUGCACCGGACGACUGGAUCAUGCUCUUCACAGGCGUCUUAUUCGUUGUCUUUGUAGUUCUUGGGCAUGUUGCUGGUGCAGCCGCUUUUGGUGAGGAUGUUUGGAUGGUCACGCCAGAAGAACUUACAUUCGGGCUAAAGGUGUUUUACGUCGAUGAGAGCUUUUACUUGAUAUGUCUCGGCCUCACCAAGAUAUCAGUCCUGUUCUUCUAUCUCCGAAUAUUUCCCAACAAGACUUUCCGAUGGACGACGUACGCGACGAUGGGUUUCAUCAUCCUUUCGACAACAAUUCUCUUGUUCAUGCAGAUCUUCCAGUGCAUACCAUUCGAGUACAAUUGGGUCGGCUGGAAAGGCGACUUCGGCCCUCAUCAAUGCCUCAACAUCAACACGCUCGCCUUUGUCGCCGGCGGGCUGAGCAUCAGCCACGAUGUCAUCAUUCUUAUUCUGCCCCUCCCGCUCCUGUACAAACUCAACAUGACACGGCGGAAGAAGGCGGGCAUCUUCGUCAUGUUCAGCCUCGGCGUCUUCAUUCUAAUCACCUCGUGCGUCAGACUGCAGUAUAUCGUCCUCUUCACCCGCUCCCUCAACCCGACGUGGGACUUCACGGACGCCCUGGUCUGGUCAGGCGUAGAGGUCUCGGUCUCGAUGGUCGUGGUGUGUCUCCCGGCGGUCAGGACUCUCAUGCUCCGGGUACUGCCCAACUUAUUCGGCUCAAAGUCCGCCACGGAGAUCACGCCGCCGCACAAGGCGUCGGACUCGUCCGGGUUUAGGUCCAUCGACAGCAACAACAAGUACCGGAACCGGGCCGACUACGACGAGGAACGGAGGGCCGUCGCGGCGGCGGCGAAGCUGGUGGAGAAGAGGCGCAAGUUCUUCUCGUUCGUCCCGAAGGGCGAGCCCAACGAGAGCGAGCUGGAGCUGGGGGACAAGAUCAGGGGAGACGUCAGGACGCAGAUUCGGCACGAGGACGAGGAGGAGGCGCUGGGGAGGCGUUCUACGGAGAGCGGGAUCCACGUGAGUACCACGACGACGUUUGAGGACCCGUUGGGGCGGCGGCAGCGAGAGGCGCGAGACGAGGCUUCGUUCGGAGAAAAUCCCUGA